GGCCAGCAUAAACUAUAAGAAGGAAAGAAGCUUGCUGAAGCAUCUUAGUACCUGUAACUGCCGCGCCUGCCAGGCGACCUCAGCCCACCUAAUGAAAUUCCUUCGUUCAUGCUUUGGAUUAGAAGCUCCAGGAGAGGCUUAUAAAGCUAGUGACGACACGCCUAAUGAGCAAGGUGCUGCUACUGUGGCAGCGCCUUCGGAAUGUCAGUCUCAUGAGUCAGCUCAGCCGCAAAACCCCACAACUGUUAGAGCAACAGCCAAGGCUAUUGCAAACAGUCUUUUAGCAACGAAUGUCCUGUCAGCUGCAUCCAAUGCCUGCCUUCAUGCAUCUCGCGUCAGUAUUGAGACCGGAAACGUCGCACUCUGUGACGCGCGUAAUAUUCUGGAGGGCCUACGCCUUACAUCACGAAAACUUGGGCGCGGAACAUACGGUGUCGUCGUUCCAGGACACUACCGAGGCGUGUCAUGCGCGGUCAAGGUAAUGCUUUCGGAAGGCCUGAGCCGGGCAGCGCUGUUGGAGUUGAUCCUGGCACCUAGCUUGGUGCACCCAAACGUCGUCUCGGCCUUCACAAGCCGUUGCGCCACGUUAACGGAUGGUUUCUUCGACUUCAUCGAGGGCGAACGGCAGGAGCAGUCAAGCGACCCCGGCCACCCCCGGUCAUUAGGACCCGUUCCCAUCGUCUCAGAUGAGGGCUUUGGAGACCCCGCUGGUGCGGACGAUGGCGGACUGGAUCCCCAUCUGGUACUGCACCAGAUCCUUUACGAGCUGCAGGCCAAGGUGGGGCAGAUGGUGGUGGUGGUGGUGCAGGAGUUCUGCGACAAGUCCACCCUGCGAGACGCGCUGGAGCGGGGGCUCUUCAAGCCGGGGUCGUCCUGGUCGGAGCGGCUGGCGAUGCGGGCGCUGCUGCGGACCGCUGCGGAGGUGGCGCGGGGGCUGCUGCACCUGCACGACGCGGGGGUGGUACAUGGCGAUCUCAAGCCCGCCAAUCUGCUCCUCAGCAGCUCCGUCAAAGACCGCCGGGGCUUCACCGCCAAGGUUGCCGACUUUGGUUUGUCGCACGUGCUGCCGCCAACCGCCAACAGCAUCCUCACCGACACGUGGGGCUCUGUGGCGUACAUGGCACCGGAGGCGUUUUCCGGCAAGGUUAGUCGCGCCGCGGACGUGUGGUCGUUCGGCGUGUGCCUGUGGCAGAUGCUGACCGGCCAGCGGCCCCACGCAGGCAUGCAGCAGGCUGCCGUCAUCCUGGGUGUUUCCGAGGGCACCCUGCAGCUGCCCUGGCCUCCCGCCACCUCCCUGACUUCCGGCCUCGUCUCGCUGGGUCGCCGCUGCCUCAGCCACGUCCCCUCCGCCCGGCCCUCCCUGCUUGCGGUGCUGGAGGAGCUGGUGAGGGUGGAGCAGGGCAUUCGGGAGGAGGCGCUGAUGCAGGGGACGACGACGCAGCAGCAGCAGCAAUAGCCCCUGCCGCCGA